AGAAAUCAUAUCAACACAAACUACAUUCUGGGGACUCCAGAUCAUAUCCAUUUGACAGCUCCUUUACUCUCACACACACGCACAGUUGGAAACUUGUCAUGAGAAUAGAGAAAUUCAAAAGUCUUUACAAAAUGUUAAUUUGGGUGGUUGGACUUAUGUUGGUUUUGAUGUGUUCUGGAAAUCAAGCUCAAGAGACAGUUGUCAUCACCAUGAAGAACAGGGUGAUGGUGGUUGUGCCACGGCAAGAAAUCAAAUUUGAAUUCACUGCGUCUGUACCAGCCAAUGAGAGUUUUGCCCCAGGCUUUUGCCGCGACCCAGAGGAAAAGACAAUAUACACCUUUACUUUGCCCACUCAAAGAACCAAAGUGGUCGUACAGCGAGGGAUAAGCAUUGCAUUUGAGAAGUCUGGACAUUACAAAUGCCAGUUUAAAGAAAGCAAAGUGUACUUUGUUGUCUUGGUGAAAGAGGAGGCCUACAGGAAGCCUGGACAUAUCCCUGUGACGGCCAUUGUGUUAGCGACUCUCGACUCAGCCCUUCUGAUCUUCAGUGUGCUGGGUUCCAUAUACACCUUCAAAGGCCACCGGUGUCAAUUAAACACGAGGAACCAAAGACGACAUGCGAGAAAUGGUGAAAGGGAUAACGAGCAGGUUCAAGAGGAGAAGAGGAAGAAAAGGGGGGACAGUACACAAGCAGAGAGAGCCGAAACCUCCGCUUCAGUUUAUGCUAGUUUGGACCCUCAAACAAUUUCUGUCUAUGAGGAGCUGCACCCAGAAGCAGCGAACUCUGACAAUCAAGAGAAAAAAGUCAAGAAAAAGUCAAAACAGUUGGACAAAUUGGUGGAGAAAAAGGCUCAAGAGGGAAUGGACGGAGAUGAUGAAUGUGUCUAUGAAAAUUUUUAGUUUAAUUCAUUUUGUAAAUACGUGUCCUUCACUUAUCAAUGCGUUAUCUGUACGAAAGAAAAUAAAUGUAUUUGUCAAACGGC